AUGGACCGGAUAAAGUUAGCCAUUGCCGUCGGUAUACUUUAUCGACAAGCAGAAGAGGAGGCUGCUGAGCUGAGGAGGAGCCUGCGAGUGAGGAGAGACAGGAUGAGGAGGAGGAUGAAACGGCGUCUGGCUAUUUCAGCUUUUGUCUCUGGCUAUGCUGACCUAAGGCCAGCCUUUAGGCUCUCCAGGGACACCAUCAACGUGCUGGUCCAGAUGUUACCACGGCAAAAGUCACACGGAUGGAGCCAUGACAUCGAGGUAGCCGUUUGCCUGUACUGGCUCGCAUGUGGCACCUCGUACAGAGUCACAGCAGACAUCUUUGCCAUUCCGAGAGCCACUGUUGGACGAAUUGUUCACAGUGUGGUGGAACACAUGAUGGCCAUCCUGCACAAUAUAAUUCAUUUCCCCAAGCCAGAUGAGAUGGAGGAGGUGGGAGCAGGCUUUGCUCACAUGGCUGGUCAUGAGGCCUUCCGCUAUGUGGCUGGUGCAAUAGAUGGAUGCCACAUCCGAAUUGUCCCACCUGCUGAACCACAAAAGAGGUGCUACAUUAAUCGCAAGCUCUUCCCUUCAGUUAUCCUUCAGGGGGUGUGUGACAGCAGAGGAAAAUUCCUGGAUACAUACGUUGGCAACACAGGGUCAGUCCAUGACGCCCUUGUCCUCCGGAGGUCACCGAUGUACAAGGAGUCUCUGUAUCCACCACCUGGCUUCUUUCUCCUUGGAGAUGGGGGGUACCCAUGUCUGCAGCAUCCGGUCACCAUCAUGACGCCAUACCGGCAGCCUGUAGCCGGCCAAGUUCAAGCACGCUUUAACAAGCACCAUGCCAAGGCCAGGAGCAUCAUCGAGCGCUGCUUUGGCAUGCUUAAAACCCGCUGGCGAGCAAUAUUCCUGAGGGCUUUGGAGAUCCGGCCUCUAUUUGCCCCAAAAGUCAUCUCAGCAUGCUGCAUCCUCCACAACCUUUGUCUGUUGACCGGGGAUAUUCUGGAGGAGGACGAGGAAGAGGAGGAUGAAGAACAUCAGGGUAACGUUCCUGAUCAAGGUGAUCAGGAACUCUCCGGCAUUCAUCUUCGUGCAAGACUUGCUGCACAGGUGUCUGCCCCUGGAGAGCUGCCUGCAUUUCUAAGGGAGCAUGACUAUGAGCAAUAA